AUCCAUCCAUGAUCCAUCCCCCGCUUCCUCCUCAUCCACACUCCGCAGUGUCGGGGUCGCUCAACUCCCACAACACUCUGCAGCCAGCGAUGCAGGCCCUCACAGCGAGGUCCCCUGCUUCUUCGUCCUGCCCUUCCUCCUCCACCGUACACCGCCGCGGCGGCACGCGCACGCGCAGCACCGCCCGCUUCGCCCCGCCCCGCGCCGCAGCGGCAGCGGCCAACUCGGUCUUCAGCGCGCCGCCCGCAGCCGUGCGCUACGCCGCGCCGCCCAAGCCGGCGGCGCCCAUUGCGCCAGUGCCCGCUCCGGCGCCGGCGGCGGGCGGCGAGAAAGGCCUGAGCUUCCUGCAGCGCGCGGCGUCGGCGGCGCUGGACGCGUUCGAAUCCGGCGUGAUCGCGGGCCUCCUGGAGCGUCCCCGCGCGCUGCCCCGGUCGGCGGACCCGGCCGUGCAGAUCGCCGGCAACUUCGCCCCCGUCGGCGAGCAGCCGCCCGUGCGGUCGCUGCCCGUGUCGGGCCGCAUCCCGCCCUUCAUCUCCGGCGUGUACGCGCGCAACGGCGCCAACCCCUGCUUCGACCCCGCCGCGGGGCACCACCUGUUCGACGGCGACGGCAUGGUGCACGCGGUCCGCAUCCGCAACGGCGCCGCGGAGUCGUACGCGUGCCGCUUCACCGAGACGGCGCGGCUCCGGCAGGAGCGCGCCCUGGGGCGGGCCGUGUUCCCCAAGGCCAUCGGCGAGCUGCACGGCCACUCCGGGAUCGCGCGCCUGGCGCUCUUCUACGCGCGCGGCCUCUGCGGCCUCGUCGACGCGUCCCGCGGCACGGGCGUCGCCAACGCCGGCCUCGUCUACUUCAACGGCCGCCUGCUGGCCAUGUCCGAGGACGACCUACCGUACCAGGUGCGCGUGACCGCCGACGGGGACCUCCGCACCGUCGGGCGCUACGACUUCGAAGGGCAGCUCGGGUGCGCCAGCAUGAUCGCGCACCCCAAGCUGGACCCGGCCUCCGGCGACCUCUUCGCGCUCAGCUACGACGUCAUCCGGCGGCCCUACCUGAGGUACUUCUACUUCCGGCCCGACGGCACCAAGUCCGACGACGUGGAGAUCCCGCUGGAGCAGCCGACCAUGAUCCACGACUUCGCCAUCACGGAGCGGUUCGUGGUGGUGCCCGACCACCAGGUGGUGUUCAAGCUCGGCGAGAUGCUCCGCGGCGGGUCCCCCGUGGUGCUGGACCAGGGCAAGACGUCCCGCUUCGGCGUGCUGCCCAAGUACGCGCGCGACGCGUCGGAGAUGGUGUGGGUGGACGUGCCGGACUGCUUCUGCUUCCACCUGUGGAACGCGUGGGAGGAGCCCGGCACGGGGGAGGUGGUGGUGGUCGGGUCCUGCAUGACCCCCGCCGACUCCAUCUUCAACGACGACGGCGGCGAGGACGGGCGGCUCCAGAGCGUGCUGACCGAGAUCCGGCUGGACACGCGCACGGGCGCGUCCACGCGCCGCGCCGUGCUGCCUCCGUCGGCGCAGGUGAACCUGGAGGUCGGGAUGGUGAACCGCAACAUGGUGGGGCGGAGGACGCGGUACGCGUACCUGGCCGUGGCGGAGCCGUGGCCCAAGGUGUCCGGGUUCGCCAAGGUGGACCUGGACACGGGCGACCUCGUCCGGUUCGACUACGGCGACGGCCGCUUCGGCGGGGAGCCCUGCUUCGUGCCCACCGAGGGCGCGCCGGCGCGCGGCGAGGACGACGGCUACAUCCUGUCCCUCGUCCGCGACGAGCGGGCGGGCACGUCGGAGCUCCUGGUAGUGAACGCCGCCGACAUGCGGCUGGAGGCCACGGUCCAGCUACCCUCCCGCGUGCCCUAUGGCUUCCACGGCACCUUCAUCGGCGAACGGGAGCUAGAGGCCCAGGCCUGAUGAUUCCUUGGUUGUUCUUUUACACUGACGACGACUGAUCGAUCCAUCCAUCCGCCGCCGCUGGUCCUCCUCCUCUGUUUUCGCUUCCUGGAGCAGGGGAGGGAGGGAGGGGGAAGAAGGCUGUUACCAGAGGGAGCCUGAGCCCGUACAUAGGAGGUCCCCGGAGCCUUGUUCCCCUCAUAACAUAUGCAAUGCAAUCUCUGCACUGCACCAGUCACCACUACUCCUGCACUGUUGUUUGUCUCAGUUACUUUUUUUUAUUUUUUACCAUGUUCUAAACAUGGAUGGAUUAUGGCUAGUCAGUGACUAGUACAGUAGUGUAAGCUGAUGAAUUGAACCACCCAGUUGCU